CAAAAGGAAAGGCUCAAACUGCAAAAGAAAAAAAAAAUUGCUUUUUUUAUAUUCCCUCGUUCAUCUGCCACUCAGAAAAAGUGAACCACCAAGUUGCAGAAUCCAGUAAAAUGUAUUAAAUUUUCACAACCUCCAACCCAACUUCCCCCAUUUUCUUUACUUUCUUUCUUCUUCUGCUUUCUUCACUCAGCCCCUAUGCAUCACAGAUUCUACCUUUUGAUGUAAAUGGGAUCAACCCACCAACCCUAGACUCACAUACCUGCAAGAUUCAUUCAUCUCAAACCAAACCACCCACUUCAAUUAUGGCACCAUUUCCCACUUCCCAUUACUUCAGGGCCUUCACUUUCUCCAUUUUGUUCCUCAAAACCCUAGCUUUUGACCCAAUUCCUUUGUUCUCUUUUGCUGGUUUUGGAAAAGAUCUGAAAUUUAAGCCCAACUUGGCCCUUUAUGGUAAUGCAAAAGUUGUCAAUGGAGGGUCUGGAAUUGAUUUCUCUGGCUAUGGAAGUUCAGGCACUGGCAGAGUCAUGUACAAGAAACCCAUCAAGCUUUUUCAAGGUAAACCAAGGCAAUUAGUGUCCUUUUCUACUUACUUUGCAUCUUCAAUCCCCUUGGACAAUGGGGGUGGGUUGGCUUUUGUUAUGGUUCCAAAGGGUUCUGAAGGUGAUGUGUUUUACCAAAGUUCUUCUAGGUUGAAUGAUGGAAAAUUUGGAGUUGUUGGUGUUGAGUUUAGUGCCUCAAAGGGUGGUGGUAGAAAUGGGGUUUCUAGUUGUAAUGUGACCAUGAAUUUAACUGGUUCAGUUGUUGCUAAAACAAGUCAGAAAUUGGCUUUAACAACUGGAGAAAAGUUGCAUGCUUGGAUUGAUUAUGAAGCCAGUUCAAGGCGUUUGGAAGUGAGAUUGAGUCAGCAUGGUAAAUCAAGGCCGUCUGAUCCACUGCUAUGGCACUCGAUCGACUUGUCAAGUGUGUGGAAGGAGAAAGAAAUGUUUGUGGGGUUUAGUUCUGAUUCUCAAGCAUGUUUUCUCUAUUCAUGGAGCUUUGUUCUGAGAAGUUUUCCGCAUUCAAUGCAUUCAGAGCCUCUGGAUCCAAAGGCCUUGGUUGAAAACACUGAAACUCCUGUGGUGAAACAAAGGAGUGAUUGCUUUUUAAGAAUUCUUGCUGCAAUGAUAUUUGGCACUGGAUGUGGAGCUUUGACAGCAUUUAUUGUGCUUUACUUGUGGACUAUAUUUGGUAAUAAACGUGCAGUGGUGCCAGAGGAGUCUGUUAUGCAACCUGUAGAUGAGUAUAGGAAAGUCAAAAUUGUUGUAGAUAAAACCAUCGAAGAUGGCAAGAAGUAGAUCCUCAAGCUUGUGUUUGUAAAUUUAGUUUGUCUUGUAUUUAGGUUUUGCUCUAUUUGCCUUGCUAAAGGGCUAUGUAUUUGGUUUUUCUGCCGUUACCUAUUGUUUAUCAAAUUGAGAUUGAGAUCCAACUGUUUUAAAGGUUGCUUAUUCUUUUUGAAACAUACCCAAAUUGAGGUUAUUAACGAACCUAUAUUAAUUAAUGGUUAA